UAUAAAGCCUAUAACGGUUUAGACUUGUUGUUUAAUCGUGUUUUUGUUUAUUGUGGUGGAACAAUGAAAGUGUUGGCAGUGUUACUUCUCUGUGUGGCGGUAUACGCCAAACAUGAACAGUAUGCAGGAUGGAAAUCUUAUUACGUAGGACCGAAAUCCCAAGAGCAACAGCAGUUCAUUGGGUCUUUAGUCGAGGAAUAUGAGUUGGACUUUCUAAGCCAUGCAAUUAUAGAACAAGAAGGUGUGGUUCUCGUAAAGCCAGAACACCAAGAUGGAUUCAUCAAGGCGUUGGAAGAGAAGGGAAUCGCUUACAGGAUCCACGCUGCAGAUGUGAAAGCUGCUCUAGAUUUUGAUGACGCAGCCAUUGAGACGAGAAGACGGGAGAAUCUUGCCAGAAACGGUAUCGAGUUGCCUUACGACAAUUAUCAAGAAAUUGAAGUGAUUGAUGCUUAUCUCGCUGAUGUUGCCCGUCGUUACCCCGACAGAGCCACUCUAGUAACUGGUGGGAACUCCUUCGAAGGUCGCCCUAUCAACUACCUUAGGAUCUCUACCACCAACUUUGAGGAUGAAAGCAAGCCAGUUAUCUUCAUUGACGGUGGCAUUCAUGCAAGAGAGUGGAUUUCUCCUCCCACAGUCACUUGGGCCAUACACAAGCUUCUAGAAAAUGUGACGGAACCCGAUCUUCUGGAGCGAUUCGACUGGAUCCUGUUACCUGUAGUUAACCCAGACGGAUAUAAAUUCACUUUCACCAACACUCGUUUUUGGCGUAAAACACGUUCGACCGAUCAAACCAGUAUAAGCACGUCAUGUCCAGGUGUCGACGGUAACCGCAAUUAUGAUUACUUUUGGAACACAGUUGGAACAAGCAACAAUGCAUGUUCUGACACGUUUGCGGGCAGUACAGCAUUUUCUGAAGUCGAGACGAGGGUAGUCCGAAGUAUUCUGCAUGAACAUCUCAACAGACUGGCCCUGUAUUUAACGAUGCACAGUCAUGGAAGCAUGAUUCUCUACCCAUGGGGAAAUGAUGGCAGUCUUUCUAACAACGCAUUAGCUCUUCACGUGGUCGGCGUCGCUAUGGCCGAUGCAAUCGCCGAAUUAUCUUUACCUAAUUUCCGUAGAUAUGUAGUAGGUAAUUCUAUGCUGGUGAUUGGAUAUGCAACAUCUGGAGACUCCGAGGAUUACGCCCAUUAUAUUGGUGUUCCUCUAUCCUACACCGUCGAGCUGCCCGGACUCUCUAGUGGUCUCAAUGGUUUCCACCUAGAUCCCAUAUACAUUGAGCAGGUGUGCCGUGAAACUUGGGAAGGCAUUGUUGCAGGUGCAAGAAGGGCUGGAGAUUUAUUCGUUUCAUUAGCACAUCGUAAUUAAAUUUCAAUAUUGUAAAUACUAUUUUGUAAUGUUCUAUUAAAUAUUCAUAUACAAA